CUACAAUCAUUGGCAAAACACUUCUGUAUGAUGAUAGGGAAAAAUUAAUAUUUCAAAAAUCCGUUACGUCAUUAUAGCUUGUGUCUAGCUCAUUAAUAUCAGCUCUACAGAGACUGAUUUGCUUUAUCAUAGUCCAAUGUAUUUCACACGAGCUUCGUCUAAUAAACGACCUUAUGAAGGAAUCAAAUUUAAAGGCAGUUAGACCAGCACCAGAAAGGAACGAAUCUUUGCCAGUUACAGUAACACUUGGUUUAACUCUAAGUCAGCUUGUGAUAUUGGAUGCUAAGAACCAAAUUCUUACAACAAACAACUACAUUCGACAGGUAUGGCAUAAUCCUUACUUGAAAUGGAAUACAAGUGACUAUGGUGGUGUAAAAACAGUCAAUUUAAAACCUGAAAACAUUUGGUUACCUGAUAUUACACUCUAUAAUAAUGCCGAAGGGGAUAAUGAUUUUGGUGGAUCAAUGGAUAAACUGUCCACACGUGUCAUUGUUCACCACACUGGUAAAAAUGUUUGGUUAUCACCUGCCAUGAUUCAAUCUAAAUGCCAGAUUGAUAUUACGCAUUUUCCAUUUGAUACGCAGAGGUGUCUGCUUAAAUUUGGAUCAUGGACUUAUGAUGGAUACAGAUUGGACCUGCAGUCAGAAUCACCUUUGGCUGAUCUUAGUAAAUAUACACCAAAUGCUGAAUGGACUUUGGUAAACAUGACAGCUAGUCGAAAUGUUGUUGAAUACAUUUGUUGUCCAGAACCAUAUAUUGAUAUUACCUAUACAAUAACAAUCAAAAGACGUUCACUGUUUUAUCUGAUCAACUUGAUUAUACCUUUGGUGUUGAUAUCAGCUCUUGCUUGUAUGACAUUUCUCGUUCCAUUUGAAUCAGGUGAAAGAGUCUCACUAUCUAUAACGGUGCUGCUAUCUAUGACUGUUUUUAUGUUGCUUGUUCAAGAGAUGAUUCCUCCAACGUCUGACACUGUUCCACUUGUUGCCAAGUUCUAUACAGCCUCUAUGGUGGAGAUGGGUGUCAGCGUUGUAAUUGCAUGUUAUAAUCUCCAUUUAUAUUUCAUUGACCCACAAUUUUAUGAAAUGCCAAACUGGAUGAGAAAAUUGGUUUUAGGUAAACUUUCGAAUUGGGUUGGAGUUAAAACAACUAAAGAGCUAGAAUCUUCACUUGAUCAUUACAAUCAGCAGAACAAUGACGCCAUGUCACAAACGUCAACAUCAACACUUCGACGCUUGGAAGAAAUCAUGGAUUUUGAAACUGAAGAAAACUAUUUCCAAUGGGAGUAUGAAUCCGAAGAAGAAAAAACAACAUUCAUGCAUAAAGAGCCGAAACGCUUUCUGUUUGCUAGACAAGCUUCUGUCCAGAGUUUAAAAGAUCCAGUACGCAUUAAGUCAUGCAAUAAACACAACAAUAAUCACAUUACUGGCAACUUAGCCAAUCCAAAUACAGCACGCAAAAAUGGAUUAGGCAUGCGAUUGGAUCAUUUAAGUGAAAGUAAUAACAAUUUAGUAAAAUUAGUAAGACAACUCACAAAUCAAUGCAAUGAAAAGAUUAUAGAAGAAAAGAAAAAGCGAGAUCGAUUGGAAUGGCGACAAGCGGCAAGAACUUUCGAUAAAUUAUUUCUUUAUCUCUUUAUGGCAGUGUUUGUUAUUACAACUGUAUGGGUUUUUGCUGAAGCACCAGAAUACGUGCCUUGACGCCAUGAACGUUUAUUAAAUGUCCCCUAUGUAUUUGAAUAAUGAAUAAUGAAUUAUUUUUCUGCUAAAUUAAAUCAGACAAAUCCCAGCCGCUACAUUGAUUCGUUUUUGUG